AUGGCUCAUAACGAGAAUAUUCGAGUUAUCUCAAGAUGUCGUCCUUUGAACGAUCGCGAAAAAGGACUGAAUUCUUCGGUUUGUGUGGAUAUGAAUAGUAAUCAGGGACAAGUUAUACUAACAUCUGAUGAAGGUCCUCCCAAAGAAUUCACCUUUGACGGAGCAUAUUUUAUGGACUCCACAGGAGAACAGAUAUACAAUGACAUCGUAUUUCCAUUAGUUGAGAAUGUGAUUGAAGGAUAUAAUGGAACUGUCUUUGCCUACGGUCAGACAGGAGCAGGAAAAACAUUCUCAAUGCAGGGAGUUGCUGAUAUUCCUGCUCAACGAGGAAUUAUUCCUCGAGCUUUUGAACAUAUUUUUGUUGCAACUUCAACAACAGAUAAUGUGAAAUUUCUAAUUCAUUGUAGUUAUCUAGAGAUUUACAAUGAAGAAGUCAGAGACUUGCUGGGAACAGAUAGAACACAGAAGUUGGAAAUUAAAGAAAAUCCAGAUAAAGGUGUUUACGUGGCUGGACUGUCUAUGCACGUUUGUCAUGACGUCAAAUCAUGUCAUGAUAUGAUGGUUAAAGGCUUCAACAAUCGUCAUGUCGGAGCUACUCUAAUGAAUAAGGAUUCUUCACGAAGUCAUUCAAUUUUCACUGUUUAUGUUGAAGGAAUGAAUGAGAGUGGAAGUAUUCGUACGGGUAAAUUGAAUCUCGUGGAUUUGGCAGGAAGCGAACGUCAGUCAAAGACUGGUGCUACUGGGGAAAGAUUCAAAGAAGCUACGAAGAUUAAUCUCUCUUUAUCAGCAUUAGGAAACGUAAUAUCAGCAUUAGUUGAUGGGAAAGUCAAGCAUAUUCCAUAUCGAGACAGUAAGCUAACUCGUUUGCUACAAGACUCUUUGGGAGGCAACACGAAAACUAUCAUGAUAGCCUGCGUAUCUCCAUCAGAUAAUAAUUACGACGAAACUCUGUCCACUUUAAGAUAUGCUAAUCGAGCCAAGAACAUCAAGAACAAACCGAAGAUCAAUGAAGAUCCUAAAGAUGCUCUUCUCCGAGAAUAUCAACAGGAGAUCGAACGACUAAAAGGACUUAUACAAACUGGAGAUGCUCCAGUGGUUGCGAGCUCGUUCGAUAUUGAAAAAGAAAGAGAGAAACUGAGAAAUGAGUUUGAAGAAACGAUGAAUGAGAUGAGAAUGGCUUAUGAGAAAGAGCAGACAAGUAAAGUUCAACUUCAGCGUGAUUUGGAGCUGCUCAGACAGCAUUAUGAACAGGCUAAUGCAGAUCUUGAUGGCAUGGGAGCGAUGGAACCUGCCGAAGCUGCUAAAAAACUGAAACUUCUUCAGGAACAGUUUGUUGGUGGUGAACAGGCUAACAAUGAGCAGUUGAAACAAAAACGUUUGAAGAAGUUGAAAGAAGCACAAACGAAAGGCGAACGGCUAGCAGCGGCGUUGAAUGUGAAUACAGAUGAUCCUCUUCUUCAAGUAUACAACUCAACUCAAGAAAAAUUAGAUGCGGUCAUGAAGCAGUUGCAAAAGGAACAGAAGCGGUGUAAAGCUCUGGAACAUGAUAUUGAGGAUUUGCAAGGAGAAUUCGAGUUAGAUCGCUUAGAUUACUUGGAAACAAUACGUAAACAAGAUCAACAGCUCAAGCUCUACAUGCAGAUUUUAGAUAAAAUUCAGCCAACGCUUAAGAAGGAUACUAACUAUUAUAACAUUGAAAAGGUAAAGAAAGAUUCAAUUUGGAAUGAAGACGAAGGCAAAUGGAUUUUACCAGAGAUGAGUGUGACUAGGACAGUAUUACCGAACGCAGGAAAUGGUUAUAUGAACUCUAUGAAGACGGAGUCAAUGAAUCGCCAUCAAUAUGAUGAUGAAGGAUCGAAACUGAGAACACGUUUAAACAAGAGUGAAGCUGAGGACUUAGCCAACAACUAUUUCAAACCUGUGAAACAAACAAAUAUUGUCAAUAAAUACAAAGAACAACAUCGAAAUAUGGCAUCUGAUGUCAAAUCCUACUUUCCUCGUAAGGCAUCAACAUUCGAGAAUUUAGUUAACGGUGUUGUAUACUCCGAAGAUAUAUAUGAGCGUUCACAGAGCGCUAAACGUCCAGCUAGGCUGGAUGCUAUUACAAGAUAG